UGGUGACAUUCAAGUUUGUGGCUAGAGUUGUAAAGAAAGGAAUAACUCGGAAUAACAUCAAAAGUCGAGAAACCACAGGCUUCAGUUUGGAGGCAUACAGAAGUGAAAGAUGAGAUCAUGGAAGGGAUUUGGGCAGUCAAAAGAUCACAUGUACCGAAAGAUAGGUGAGGAGGAGCCAGAUGUGACUCAAGUCCUAAACCCAGGGACAGAUGACCAGUUGGAUUGCCAUGGCUACAGAAAGACAGUGUGUUGUGUUUCCCUGUACUAUGUCUUGUGUGUCCUCACACUUGGGGGUUUCUGGCUGGUUCUAUAUUGGAAGCCAGACUGGAAGAUUAGGUUCACAAAGACCCCGUGUUCUCUGGCCAGUGCAGAUGAGGUUUUGCUCAAGGACCAGUCAUCACAACUGUUCACUGCAGAUGUUUUGUUGAUGACUGCAAGAGAAGGCUACCAGUCUUUUGCUGUCAAGCAAGAACUUUCUUCAUGUGAUGAAAGUACAAGUAUUUUGUCAGUGAACCAGGGUUCAGCCCUCCGUUAUUUUGUUCAUCAGCAUGUGAGAUACAUAUGGAACCAAAGCAAUGGCAAAUUUGAGACACUGUGUGGAUUGGAUGUGGGCACAAAAUGUUCAUCUUUUCAUGAAGAUUUUAAAGGUCUGAGUGUGACAGAGCAAUGGAAGAAAUUGGAUUUAUAUGGCCCAAAUGAGAUUGAUGUGGAAGUGAAGUCAUACAUUGUUUUGCUCUUUGAAGAGGUGCUGAAUCCCUUUUACAUCUUUCAACUGUUCAGUGUGGUACUGUGGAUGUGUGAUGAUUACUAUUUCUACUCUGGAUGUAUUAUCCUCAUCUCUGUGGUAUCCAUUGUGAUGUCACUUUAUGAAACAAAAAAGCAAAGGAGAAUCCUGCGAGAUAUGGUUGCUUCACACAAGAGCAUGGUUCAUGUUAGCAGAGGCAAUGGAGUUUUUGAAGACCUGCCAAUGACCCAACUAGUCCCUGGAGAUGUGAUUGUGAUCCCCAAACAUGGCUGUACAAUGUCAUGUGAUGCUGUGUUGCUUGUUGGAAACUGCAUUGUCAAUGAGAGCAUGUUAACUGGUGAGAGUGUCCCAGUGACCAAGACUCCCCUUCCAAACCAGCCUGACUCAGAUGAAGUGUUCUCUCCUGAUGAUGUCCACAAGAGAUACACCCUUUUCUGUGGCACUCAGGUCAUCCAGACCAGAUACUAUGGGGCAGGAAAAGUGACCGCUGUGGUGGUCAGAACAGGGUAUUCAACCUCAAAAGGUAGACUAGUCCGUGCCAUUCUUUACCCCAAACAAAUGGAUUUCAAGUUUUACACUGAUGCUAUCCGCUUUGUCCAAAUCCUCUUUUUGAUUGCCUUAUGUGGUAUGGCUUACAACCUGUACGUGUUCAUUAAAAGAGGGGAGUCUGUCAGGAGAAUUAUAUUACGUACUCUAGACAUCAUUACUAUAGUUGUGCCCGUGGCUUUACCAGCUGCCAUGACAGUGGGCACAAUAUAUGCCCAGAAUCGCCUCAAGAAGGAAGGCAUAUUUUGUAUCAGUCCACCAAGGAUUAACAUGUGUGGAAAAUUAAACAGCAUUUGCUUUGACAAGACAGGCACAUUAACUGAAGAUGGUUUGGACCUUUAUGGGGUAGUUCCUGUACAGGAGGAUAGGUUUUUGCAUGUAGUCCAGCAUCCCACAGACCUGCCCACUGGUCCAUUUCUGGCUGCCAUGGCAACCUGUCACUCACUCACCAUGAUAGAAGGAGAACUGAAAGGAGAUCCACUUGACUUGAAGAUGUUUGAGUCUACAAACUGGCUAUUAGAAGAACCAGGACAAGACACCAGUAGAUUUGACAUGAUGGUGCCUACCAUUGUAAAACCCUGCAAUAAAGAGAUUUAUUUCUCUGCUUAUGACCAGAAAAUGCUGCCAUAUGAAAUUGGUAUUGUGCGUCAGUUUGUGUUUACCUCAGACCUGCAGCGUAUGAGUGUGAUCACCAGAACUUUGGGAAGUUCCCACAUGGACCUGUAUUGCAAAGGGUCACCAGAGAAAGUAGCGCACCUCUGCAAUGUAGAGUCAUUGCCUUGUGAUUUCCAUUAUGUUUUACAACGUUAUACUAUGAAAGGAUUCCGUGUGAUAGCGGUUGCCUGGAAGCCACUGGACCCUGCCUUGACCUGGCAUCGUGCUUCAAGAAUACAAAGGGAAACUGUAGAGUGUGAGCUGACAUUCCUAGGUCUGAUAAUUAUGCAGAACAGUUUAAAACCAGAGACUACUCCUGUAAUAAGACAACUCAAGGCAGCUAACAUAAGGGUUGUGAUGGUCACAGGUGACAACAUGCACACAGCCAUAAGUGUUGCCAGGGAUUGUGCAAUGGUGGAUGAGGAAGAGAAGGUAAUUAUGGUGAAAGCCAGUCCUCCCAGCAAGAACAGUGAGGCAGUCAUCCACUGGGAAUAUGCUGAGGUCAACCUGGACAAUGAACUUACGGUCAGCCAUGAGGAAAGAGAUAAGCCCUAUAGUACACUGAACAUUGAGAGCAGGGCAGACAAUUUUCACUUUGCCAUUGAUGGAGGUUCAUUUGGUGUAAUCAGGGUGCAUUUUCCUGACAUUUUGCCUAAGAUCUGUGUGAGAGGUACAAUAUUUGCCAGAAUGUCUCCCGACCAGAAAGGAAAUCUUAUUGAACACUUGCAAGACCUGGGGUAUGUUGUUGGGAUGUGUGGAGAUGGGGCAAAUGAUUGUGGGGCUUUAAAAACUGCCCAUGCUGGAAUCUCCCUGUCAGAAGCAGAAGCCUCUGUGGCCUCUCCCUUCACCUCUAAGACACCAAACAUUGAAUGUGUGCCCACUGUGAUAAGAGAAGGUCGGGCUGCCCUUGUGACCUCAUUUGGAGUGUUCAAGUACAUGGCACUAUACAGCAUGAUACAGUUUGUGACUGUGAUGAUACUCUACACGCUGGAGACCAACAUGUCAGACAUGCAGUUCUUAUACAUUGAUCUGGUGAUUACAACAACAGUGGCCAUUCUGAUGGGACACACCAGUGCCUAUCACAAGCUGGUGCCCCAUCCACCACGGGGCAGUCUGGUCAGUGUGUCCAAUCUGUUCUCCAUAUUGUCACAGACAUUUGUGGUCAUUGUGGUACAAAUCAGUGCAUAUUACUAUCUAACAUCCCAGCCCUGGUACUCGAAGGAAAAACUGCGACCUGUAUUGAAUCAAAAUAACCAGGUAUGCCCAGAAACCACCACUUUGUUCAUAGUGGGAAGCUACCAGUACCUUAUCCUUUCUGUUGCCUUCUCCAAGGGUCCUCCCUACAGAAAGAGAAUAUGGACAAAUGUGCUGUUUCUGAUAGCCGUCGUCUUGCUCUCCAUGUUUACGGCAUUUCUGUGGUUCCAGUUUUCACCAACCUUAUCCAAAUUCUUUGAGUUCAAAUUGAUAUCCUCAGAGUACAAUGGGUUUAAGAUGACUAUACUUUUGAUGCUAACUAUUCAUUUUGUCGUGGCAAUGUCCAUUGAGAGUUUUAUAGUGGAUAGAAAUCUCCCAUCAAAGAUAAAGAAAUGCCUGUGCUCUAAAGAACCCAGGAGUAAGCACAAGGUAUUGGAGAAGGAAAUGGCUAAUGUACAGUCUUGGCCUCCUGUAGGAGAGGUGACUUUUGCAGGCUAAAUGGACCAUGAUGCCGAUGUAUAGUUACAGUUCAUGGAAAGGACCAAACAUGACCCCAGCAUGUUGAACAUUGACAGAUGUUCAAGACAUUAAAAACAUGAAGUUCUCCUGCCUGUGUACUGUGGCCAUUUUUUUUUUUUUUUUUU